UUUUAAGACGCGCGCGCUGAAUAAAAGACAACGUCGAUGAGUAGGAAGAACAGUUUGGAUGAGCGCAGAGAUUAAAAAGAAUGAACGAGGGCGGUUUGGACAUUUGAUUCAGAGAUCGAUCGCGACGACUGGGAGAUGGUCUCGAGGGAGCAGAAGAGAGCCGCGCUCCACGAGAAGCUGCAACUCCUUCGCUCGCUCACAGACUCUCAUGCACUCAGAAAGUCCUCCAUCAUAUUAGAUGCCUCAAAAUACAUCCAAGAUCUGAAGCAAAAAGUUGGAAGAUUGAAACAAGAAGAAGCUGCAUGCGAACAAAGCCAAGUACUGCAAAGCAGUAACAGCACCUUGUGUUCGCCUCAGGUGAUUGUUGAAACCCUAGAGAAAGGAUUUCUGAUCAACGUGUACUCAGAGAAGAGCUGCCCAGGACUGCUUGCUUCAGUUCUAGACGCGUUUGAGGAGUUGGGUCUUCAUGUGGUGGAAGCAAAGGCCUCCUGCACCGAUCCAUUUCGUCUAGUAGCUAUUGGAAGAGAAGCCCAAGGCAUGGAAGCGCAGGUGGUGAAGGAAGCUGUGCAGCGUGCCGUCAGUUGUUUCUUUGAAGAAGACAGUGAAGAAGAUAUGAAUCAUUAAUUAAUUAUAUUCCCUUAAUGAAUUAUAAUUAGAAUCAAAUCCAUGCAUGAAUGUUCUUGGUUGCCUGUUUUCCCCCCCUCCUCUCGUUCAAAGCUUUGAUGUUCUGUGUAAUUCAUCUUCAAAUGCACGAGUAAAUUAAGUACUGUGAUUAGUCCUUAA